ACUGAAAUAGAACAAAAUGGCGACAUUACUGAGGGCAGUUGCCCGACAAGGUCGUACAUUUGCAUUAAUGUCUACGAGACGUUGCCCAAACAUGCAGCAAAUUUGUUGUAUAUCAACGUCAAAGAAAAACAAGGACAUCUCUGUGUCUGUUGAACCAAUGCAAAAGUCGGAUCAGUUAAAACAAUUAGAAGAACAUUUUGCCGACAAGGAUCCCGAUGCCAGCAAGAAUUGGAUAUCAUAUGGGUUUGACAUGACUGAUCGAGAUUUUGAUCGUUUUUUUCACAACAUGACCAUGUUUUUGGGAAUAACCAUUUGUCUUGUUUGGGGAGGAUUUGUCAUAGCCUACAUGCCCGACCACAGGGCGGUGAAUUGGUCAACUCGAGAAGCGUUCUUGGAAAUUGAACGUCGGGAGAAGAACGGUUUGCCUCUUGUUGAUCCUGAACUUAUUCCUCUUGAUAAAAUAAAAUCACAGUUACCAUCAGACGAGGACCUUGGGGAGGCAGAUAUUAUCAUCUGAGACUUUUACAUACUUCUCUCUUUAAAGGCACUAUCCUGAAUUUUCAGCGAUUGUUAAGAUAAUGUUGACCAACAGAUAUUUUUUAACGACUGGAAUUACAAAAUUGUUAAAUACAUUUUUCUAAAUAAAAUAUUAGUAUAUUAAACAUAUUUCUGAUCGAUCUAGUGUUUGCACUAGGUCAAAAUUAAUUUUAUUUCACAAUAUUUAUUUUCUCGUGUAAAUAAAAUUAUUGUAUUAACAAAUUCAGUUUGGGCUACUUACAGAUAUUUGGACAAUCAGAAACACCUUGAAUAUACAGAAACUAA